CAGAAAGGAGGGAGCAGGAGGGAGAGGGAGGUACUCUCGGUCUUGCUUUUCUACAGAGAAAUAGUUACCUCGGCUGAAACUGAAACAGGACAAGACUUGUUAAAGAAAAGCACCACCAGGCUGUCUCUCCUUCAUUCUCUCAGUUUCCUGCUCAAGGAAGCCAUUUUGUACAGGCUGGAGUCUUAAGGACAACAAACUUUUCCCCCCCUUCUUUCUCCUUCCUCAAGUGUUUCCUGUGAAAAUUGAGACUUUCUCAUCAGCAGAACAACUUCUUCACCCGAGAAGGAGGAGCGGUGGGUAGGAGGGGAGAAGUUGUUCUCAGUCUGUCUCUCACACUUGCCUCGCCGGGAUAAUGAAAGAAGACGUGUGAGUGCAGAUGACAAAAGAUCAAGAGGGAGAGACAGAAAGAAAGAAAAGAAGAAGCAGGUCUUCCUGGAUAGAGAUCUCCUCCUGACUUCCCUGGGAGAAGGGGUGGUCACAGGGCAGAGACUCCCAGUAGCGGUGUGUAUUUGUCUGUGGAUCACCGUGUCGACACCCUCGCUCUCCUGCUCUUUUGAGGGAGGUAGAGCGUGCGCGUGUGUAGCGAGGGAUGGCCAACGCCAGCCCCUGUAUGUCGUCGGGACCCCUAUCCCAGGUCUUCUUCCACACGGGGGGCCCCUCUCCCCCAGGCUCUGUGGUGAUGCAGCAGGGGACCCCCAUGGCCGUGCCUCUCUCCCCUGCUCACGGUGGUUACCCCCCUGUGGAACUGGGGGCUGGGCUGGGCCCUGGGGGGGUUGCCAAUUCCUACGUGCCCCCCACCCCAGCUGGGGUCUCCUUCAUCAUCCAGAUUGGGCUGACCAGAGAGUCAGUGCUGCUGCCCCAGACCGCUGACCUUGCCUACGUCAAACAGAUUGCCUGCUCCAUUGUCGACAUCAAGUUCCCAGAGUGUGGCUUCUAUGGCAUCUAUGACAAGAUCCUGCUAUUUAAACAUGACACAGGCACCAACAACAUCCUGCAGCUGGUCAAGGCUCCCCAGGACAUCCAGGAGGGAGACCUGGUGGAGGUGGUGCUCUCCGCUGCGGCCACCUUCGAGGACUUCCAGAUCCGGCCUCAUGCCCUGAACGUCCACUCGUACCGUGCCCCGGCCUUCUGCGACCACUGUGGAGAGAUGCUGUUUGGACUCGUCAGACAGGGCCUCAAAUGUGACGGCUGUGGACUGAACUACCACAAGCGCUGUGCCUUCAGCAUCCCCAACAACUGCAGCGGCGCGCGCAAGCGGCGCCUGUCCACCACGUCUCUGACCAGUAGCCCGUCCCUGCGUCUGUCCACCAGUGAGUCACUGAGCAGCGUGGGGACCAGCUCAGUCAGCACCUGCAUGGAGGAUGCCAGCCUGAUCCGCUCUCACACCACCCAGACGCUCCCGAACUCCACCUGUACCGCGUCAGCGUCCCUGGGCCUGUCCACCAGCGCCUCCAUCACCAGACCCAUGGCCCGCGCCAACACUCACAUGCCGCGGACCCCCAGCGAGGCGCGACGGUUCUACACGGGCCGGCCGGUGCACCUGGACAAGAUCCUGAUGAGCAAAGUGAAGGUGCCGCACACGUUCGCCGUGCACUCCUACACGCGCCCCACCGUGUGCCAGUACUGCAAGAGGCUGCUCCGGGGCCUCUUCCGACAAGGGCUGCAAUGCAAAGACUGCAAGUUCAACUGCCACAAGCGCUGUGCGUACAAGGUUCCCAACGACUGCCUGGGGGAGACCAUAGGAGACAUGUUGAGUCCCAGUGUGGACCACGAGGUGCCUAUGGACUACAGCAGUGAGUAUGCCGACUCAGACAAGUCUUCUCUGAUGGACGAUUCAGACGAGGCUUGCAGCAUCCCUGGCUCUUUCUCCCCCGAGAGCAGCCAGGAUGGGGUCGGCGGGGACCAGAGCGCUAACAUCCCAUUGAUGAGGGUGGUUCAGUCCAUGAGGCAGACCACCCGUCGCUCAAGCACAUCCAUCAAAGAGGGCUGGGUGGUGCACUACAGCAACAAGGACACACUGAGAAAGCGGCACUACUGGCGUCUGGACUGCAAGUGCAUCAUUUUGUUCCAGAACAACACCACCAACAAGUACUAUAAGGAGAUCCCUCUGUCUGAGAUUCUGGAGGUGCGCCCCGCAGGUGACUUCACCCUGGUCCCGCCGGGCACCAGCCCCCACUGCUUCGAGCUUGUCAUGGGCACCAUGCGCUACUUUGUAGGGGAGGACCCCAACGUCCACGUCCCCGCCCUGCCCCCCACCACCCCCCAGGCCUUCCCCCCCACACCCCCCUCCCCCAGCAACGUGGUGCCCAAUAGCGGCGUGGGGCGGGAGGUGGCCAAGGCGUGGGAGGGCGCCAUUCGCCAGGCCCUCAUGCCAGUCAUCUUCCGAUGCACCACCGGUAGAGAAGGACACACUCCUCACAGACAGGCUUCAGUCAGCAUCUCAGUGUCCAACAGUGUGAUCCAGGAGAACGUGGACAUUGGUAUGGUGUACCAGAUAUUUGCAGAUGAAAUCCUUGGCUCUGGCCAGUUUGGAGUGGUGUAUGGGGGGAAGCACAGGAAGACGGGGCGCGAUGUGGCGGUGAAGGUGAUUGACAAGCUGCGCUUCCCCACCAAGCAGGAGAGCCAGCUGAGGAACGAGGUGGCCAUACUGCAGAGUCUACGUCACCUGGGCAUUGUGAACCUGGAGUGUAUGUUUGAGACUCCAGAGAAGGUGUUUGUGGUGAUGGAGAAACUCCAUGGAGACAUGUUGGAGAUGAUCCUGUCCAGUGAGAAAGGACGGCUCCCAGAGAGGCUCACCAAGUUCCUCAUCACACAGAUUCUGGCAGCUCUGAGGAACUUGCACUUUAAGAACAUCGUCCACUGUGAUCUGAAGCCUGAGAAUGUCCUGCUGGCCUCUGCCGAGCCCUUCCCCCAGGUGAAGCUGUGUGACUUUGGCUUUGCCCGUAUCAUUGGUGAGAAGUCGUUCAGGCGUUCGGUGGUGGGCACCCCGGCCUACCUGGCCCCAGAGGUGCUCCUCAACCAGGGCUAUAACCGCUCCCUGGACAUGUGGUCUGUAGGAGUCAUCAUGUACGUCAGCCUCAGUGGCACCUUCCCCUUCAACGAGGACGAGGACAUCAACGACCAGAUCCACAACGCUGCCUUCAUGUACCCACCCAACCCCUGGAAACAGAUCUCACCUGAUGCCACUGACCUGAUCAACAAGAGAUGCCUGGACUACCAGACGUGGUUGGAUCUGAGGGAGCUGGAGACCAAGCUGGGUGAGCGCUACAUCACCCAUGAGAGCGACGACUGCCGCUGGCAGAUGUUUGCCCGCGAGCACACGCUCCCCUACCCGGCCCACCUGGUUCCCCCUCUGCCUGCGCCUGGCUCCGACGAUGAGGCUGGGGAGGACGCAGACAUGCAGGGGCUCACCGAGAGGGUCAGCAUACUCUGA